AUGGACGCGGCACUCGCCAAAGAGCAAGAAGAACAGCGUAAACUCGAGGAAUACAUCGAAAAGAUCCACUACUCCGAUCGAUAUACAGACGACCACUACGAAUACCGUCACGUCAUCCUUCCUAAGCAGCUCCUCCGACUGGUGCCGAAACAAUUCUUCAACGAGGAGUCGGGAACGCUCCGUCUUUUGUCUGAGCCGGAGUGGCGUGGAAUUGGUAUUACCCAGAGUCUUGGCUGGGAGCAUUUUGAAGUCCAUGCUCCCGAACCACACAUUCUACUCUUCCGGCGUCCAAAGGAUUAUGUGCCACCACCACAGCACGCUCAGAGCAAAGCAGCUCGACGGCGAUGA